CUACGCAUGCGCUCUGUUAGCGCGCGGAGGGGGGGGGCUUUUGCAGCUUUUAAGGAGCUCACGGUAUAGCGCGGGGGUGAAUUUUUUUCAAAACAAAAUUAAUAAAAAUGAUUAAGCCGAGUACAUCCUUUACCUGUUCAAACCUAUAACGGAAUCCAGGCCAAGGACGCCCAUCCUCACCGAGCUCACCCGAACGAACUGGGCCUGGCUGAGCCGAGCGAGAGCGGACUCACGUUUUGCGGCUCUUUCCCGGAGCGCGCAGCCUGGUGGAGUCGUGGUUGGCUGACUGCGUGGGGAAGGGAAAGUUGGACGGAAUUGCGAUUGAACAGCGCGUUUCCCUGUUUAUUGUGGACAGUGGGGAACAAAUAUGGCGGAACAGCCGGAGGAAGAGCCCAACAAUACAGGGAUUAAAGAGAAAACAAGUCUUUUUGGUUGUGGUACUGAAAAAAGUUCUCUCAUGGAGAUGGAGUCAAAAAAUACAGAGAAUUUUUCCAGCAGGGCAGGUUUGGAGGUCAGUUCUUGCAGGGGGCCUAGCAAAGAUCCUUUAGCAGCAUAUACGGAAGAGGAAGAUGAUGAGGAGGAUCCCUUCUUCAACAGUGAUGACCUGGUUGGCAUUCCAGUUGUUGGUAGUGAAAGUGAGCUGGAGGAUCAGGAUGUGGAUGAUGAUAUUGCUCAUGUUGAUGAUGAAGAUGUUGAUGAUAACAGUGAUGUGCCAGAUAGCUUUAGGUCCCCUGUUAUACCUCGGGGAUCUGAACCGGAUGGGGAGCAUAAGGAUUCUGCCACUGAGCAAAAUUUUGUACCUUUGAGUGAAAAAAAAUCAGUUUCUGACUCAGAGUUAAAAAACCAAAUUACGAAUGAGCUAGGGAAAACUACUACUACUACUACUACUAGUAGUAGUACAGAACAUUCAGUAACAGUUCUUGAUGAAGAACAGAAUGGAAAUGAGGACAUAAGUCCACCAGCAGAUGGGACUCUUGAACUUGGGUUUGGGUCAAGAUCUGACAGCUUCCAGGCAGGUCUGAGCCCAGUGAGUGAGGAUGAUCAAGAUCUGCAAACACCUGAAAUCUGCUCCCCUGUAAAUGACAUAUCUAUACGAGAGAAGAGGCAGAAAGAAAAUGGAGGUCACAGCAGUAAGAAAACAGUUACAGUACAAGACAAGGAGAAGGAUAUGGAACCACGUGUGAUUACACCCCCCGAUUGUGAGUACCAGGAGCCUCUUGGAGAGGCACCCAGGGAAGCAGACACUGGAGACAGCAUGGGUAGCUCAUUUAUUCCUGAUAUGAAGAUUAAGGAUGAGCCAGUAGAUGAGGAAUAUGAGAAAGCAUUGGCACCACACUCUGGAUUGAUUGACAAAAUCAAAGAUGAGCCUGACAAUGCAGAAGAGUAUAAUCAGCAACAAAAGACACAGGAAGAACUGAGAAUUAGUGCUGUCUUUUCUGUCACUGGCAGUCCUGUUAGCUCUCAGUAUUCUCAUGGAGUGAUGACAUCAUCAACAGCAAGAAAUGUGCCUAGUUCCCUUCCUUUGAAACCUGUACUCCAAAGUACCAAUCCUUCUGUAUCUUCUCCUGCUGGUCCUGCAUCCCCUGCCAUCAGAGUGUCUUGCUCAGGAUGCAAGAAAAUUUUACAGAAAGGACAAACUGCCUAUCAAAGAAAGGGAUCUACUCAGCUUUUCUGUUCCACCCUGUGCCUGACAGGUUAUACUGUUCCCCCACUAAGACCCAUCAUCAGGAAAACCUGCCACUACUGCCUGAAAGAAAUUCAAAAUCCAAAGGAUGUGAUUAUUGCUCCAGUUGAUAACAUUGGAACUAUGAAGGACUUCUGCAGUCAGGCUUGCCUCACUGCCUUUGAUUUCAAAAGGAAGACUGUGCAGUCAACUGUCUCUAAUGAGGGAGUUACCAUCAAGUGUAGCAUGUGUCAGAAGACUGCUAUUAUUCGUCAUGAAGUUAACUAUCAGAAUGUUGUACACAAGUUGUGUAGUGACACGUGCUUUUCCAAGUUCAGAUCUGCCAACAACUUGACUAUGAAUUGCUGUGAGAAUUGUGGAGGAUAUUGCUAUGGUGGGACUGGGCAAUGUCACAUGCUGCAAAUAGAGGGGCAGGCCAAGAAAUUCUGUAGUUCCAGCUGCAUCACAGCAUAUAAACAGAAAUCUGCCAAAAUCACUCCCUGCACUGUGUGUCGAGCUUUGAGAUCCUCUGCAGAGAUGGUUGAGAACACAAAUUCUCAAGGGAAAACAGAGUUGUUUUGCUCAGUCAAUUGUCUGUCGGCUUACAGGGUUCAGUCUGUCACCACUUCAGGUGUUCAAGUUACAUGCAAUGGCUGUAAAUGCUCUGCUGUGCCCCAGUAUCAUCUGGCCAUGUCUGACGGAAGUAUACGUAACUUCUGCAGUUACAACUGUGUUGUAAACUUUCAGAACAUGUUUAACAAACCUUCUGGUCAGAGUUCUUCAGUUGUACCUCUAUCUCAGGGACAAGUGAUUGUAAGUAUGCCCUCUGCACCAGGCGUUACUGGUGGAGGUGCAACUGUCACCACAACCAACUCCAGCACAGCAGCAGUUACACAAGGCACAAUGAGUACCCCAGCAAUGGCAGGCUUACAGAGGCUAGCUGUCCAGUCACAGCAAGCACCCAUGUCCCGUGCCGUGAUCAAACUGAGGUGCCAGCAUUGUCACCGCCUCUUUUCAUCGAAGCCAGAGGUGCUUGAUUUUAAGGGUCGCAUGCUACAGUUCUGCGGGAAGACUUGCUUUGAUGAAUUCAAGAAGGUCAGUUUUGUUAUGGCACGAUGUGAAUACUGCAAGAUAGAGAAGAUUGUAAAAGAGACCAUAAAGUUUAACAAAUUGGACCGUUCUUUUUGUAGUGAAGGUUGCAAGCUUCUUUAUAAGCAUGACUUGGCCAAACGCUGGGGUUCUCAUUGUCGAUGCUGCACUUACUGUACAAAUGCUUCUCAGAAGGUGGUACAGAAUCACUUUGCAGGGAAACUGGAGGAGUUCUGCAGUGAGGAGUGCAUGUCCAUGUACACAGUUUUAUUUUACCAGAUGGCUAAAUGUGAUACCUGCAAACGGCAAGGAAAACUAAUUGAGUCACUAAAGUGGCAUGGAGAUAUGAAGCAUUUUUGUAAUUUGCAGUGCUUGCUGCAUUUUUGCAGUCAGCAUUGCUCCACUGAUGUGCCCAGCAGUGUUGUAAAUACAGUUGCUACAUCGCUUGGUGCCCCUGCUCCUUCUACACCUGCUGCCAUUGGUCCUCAGAUUCCUACAGCUAUGCCUGCAGGGCCUCUACCACCACUGCCGCCACCACUUCCGCCUCCUCCCUCAACUGUGCCACUGUCCCCCUUGGCUCAGAAGAAGGAGGCUACCCCAGUAAUUGCUAAUGUUGUGUCACUAGCCAGUACUCCUACUGCUCAGCCUUCCAUUAACUCCAACACAGCACUUCAAGGUGCAGUUCCAACUGUGCAAGCAAAGAUUAUUGGGGAUGCCAGCACCCAGACAGACACGCUGAAGCUACCUCCUUCUGCCCCUCCUAGGAUUCUGAAAAACAAAGCUCUGUUGUGUAAACCCAUUAGUCAGACAAAGGCCACAUCUUGCAAGCCACACACUCAGAACAAAGAGUGUCAGACAGAGGAUGUGAAGCCAGAGGUCAUUGUUCUACCCAUUCCUGUUCCAGUCUUUGUGCCUGUACCUUUGAAUUUUUUUACUCAGUAUACACCAUAUCCUUUUGGAAUACCAGUACCGCUCCCAGUGCCCAUGUUUAUUCCAACUACUUUGGACAGUGCAGACAAGAUAAUUGAGACUAUCCAAGAUAUCAAAGAGAAGAUACCCUCUAACCCCUUUGAAGCAGACCUGCUGCAAAUGGCUGAAAUGAUUGCAGAGGAAGAGGAGAAGGAGAAGCCAACAUCACAUGGUGAUCAAGGAAGCACAUAUAGUGGUGAUUUGGAGUCUGAAGCAGUUUCAACUCCACACAGCUGGGAAGAUGAGCUCAAUCACUAUGCUUUGCGGUCCAGUGGAAUGCAAGAACCUGACCCAGAGCUCAGGCAGCUUUCACAGAUGGAUCUAGAGCAGGAUCUUGAGGCAGACUUCCCUUUAGAUUUGUUUGAUCCCUUCAACAAAGAUAUUAGUAUAACACCCCGACAAAGAAAUAGACGGAGGCCUCGUGAUGGAUUCCCUCCUCGAAAACGGGGGAGGAAGAGAGCAUCAGCAGUAGUGUCUUCUGGGAUUUCACGUGGAUCCUUACCAGCCACCCCUGAGCCUAGGAAUACCUUGAAAUACAUGUAUGGAGUUAAUGCUUGGAGGAACUGGGUGCAAUGGAGAAAUACACAGACAGAAACAGAGGAGCUCCGAUUUGGAGCUCGUCCAGUGAAACCAAAGGAAGAUAUUCUACAGUGCAGCUCUGCAGAACUCAGCUAUGGACUGUGCCAGUUUAUUAAAGAGCUCCGCAGGCCUAGUGGGGACAAAUACUCACCAGACAGUGUCUUUUAUCUUUGUUUGGGAAUUCAGCAGUAUCUGUUUGAAAAUGGUAGGAUAGAGAACAUCUUCACAGAUCUUUUUUAUAGCAAGUUUACAAUGGAAAUCACCAAGAUGCUAAAGAGCUGGAAGCCAACUGUUCUUCCAAGUGGCUAUCUGCACUCUCGCGUCGAGGAGGAGUAUCUCUGGGAAUGUAAACAGCUUGGUGCUUACUCCCCAAUUGUGCUGCUCAACACACUUCUGUUCUUCAACACUAAAUUAUUCCAGCUAAAAACCAUUAGAGACCAUCAGAGACUGUCCUUUGCUCAUGUCAUGCGUUGCACCAAAACCCUUAAACACAACGCCAAGAUGACUUAUCUGCGGUUCUUCCCACCUGCUCAGAAGAAAGACCCUUCAGAAAAAGGCCUCAUUCUUGGAAAACGAAAACUAGGUAGUGAAGAAGAGGAGGAAGAAGUGAUGGAGAUGGCAGAGAACACCGAUAAUCCACUGCGCUGUCCAGUUCGUCUCUAUGAGUUUUAUCUUUCCAAGUGCUCUGAUAGUGUGAAGCAAAGGACGGAUGUGUUCUAUUUGCAACCAGAGCGCUCCUGUGUCCCCAAUAGUCCACUUUGGUACUCCUCGUUGCCAAUUGAUCCAGAGACACUGGAAACCAUGCUGACACGCAUCCUAAUGGUGCGCGAGGUGCAUGAAGAGCUAAAAAAGGCAAAAGUAGAUAGUAAUUCUGAUGAGGGGACUUCGGGGUAACGGACCUCAAGAGGGUUUGGUUCUCUGAACUUGUUUAUUUUUGCAUCCCUUUUAAUGGAAGUGUAGUGUAAUCCUAGACCAGAAUGGGGAGGGUUUCCGUUGUUCCUGCUGGUGAAGCUAUUAGGCCUGGCAUUGGCAAGCAGCACUGGCAUGACUAUACUGGCUGGCCCUUCCCCACGUCCUCUACACACUAAUGAGCAGCAAAUGUCAGCAGAAGAUGGGAGUCCAGGACCUUGAAUCCUCUAAGCUUAAUAUUUCUAUAAAAUAGCCAUGCCCUUACAAAGGAGGAAUUAUCCGAUUGUUAUCAGUGUUUGCAAGGAGUUAGUAUAGAGUUGUGUAUGUUUUGAAGGUUUACUUUGUUUUGUUUUGUUUUUUUCCUCCCCCCAUUUUUUUUUCUCCUUUUCAUCCCACAUGUGUCUUUUCGGGUUUUUAUUUUGUAGCUCUUACAAUAAUAUUCAUACAGACAGGAAAGCCACUUGUCGGCACCAAGAUUCAGAUGACACUUGUGGAACAUCAGUGGUGCUGGUGUAAAGAGUUUGUGAAAUAAAUAAACUGAGAUGGGUAGCGGUAUAGUGCCCAGAACUAAAGUGUGGAAGAUUAUUUUCAUAACUGUGACAAAUGGAUGGUGCCAUCAGUACCUGUGGAACACACAAGGUUUUUUGUUUUUUUUUAUAUAUAUGAAAGUUGGGAUGUCACCUUAUAUUCAUAAUGAGUCAGAGAGUAGGCGCUGGACCUGCUAUGUUUUGGCACUUGAUCUAAUUGUAGGAAUCCUUUGGCCUUGUCAUGUCAAUUGGUUUACAGUUUUUAAUUAUUUGGCUUUUACAUUUUGGAGAAAAAUUUACAUUUUUAUAUAGAAGUGCUCGUCAACAUACAUGAUGCCAUGCAAACAGCCGGCAUUCAUCUGUUUGUUAAUUUUAUUCCCGUUUGUUUAUACAUUUCUACUCAAUUUUGUACAUUUUGGGCAGUAGGAGUGAAAAGUGCUACAGUACUUUCAGCCUAUUCUUACGUUGAUAGCAACUCAAGCUAUUUGACACAAGUCUUUGACCUUACUGACCAGCUCAAGUAUUACCUUUAGGACCACUGUGAAAUUCAGCAUGAGUAAUGAAGUUAGAAUUGUUUGCUCUCUAGAUCAGCAGUAAGGAAGUAGCUAGUACACUGGAUUUAUGCGUUUGGUGUAAGAAAUCGGUUAGUGGUAGCCCAGGGGGCAGUUAGCUGAGGCUGUUGCCAAAUGGAAAAUGAGUUCACCCAGAGGGCAUUAAUUCUAAAAUAGUCACAAAUAGGGCACAUGUGGUUAGGGGUCCGGAGUAGGAUUGUGCCCCUGUGUGCCGGUUUUCUGUGUUUGGAUCUUACCUUUUAUUGGUUUCUGGAAAACCUUGUUUUAAACAAGGAGAGAAAUCGGGUGCAAGUAACACAAUAAGCUACAGUGUAAAUAUUAGUAUUAAUAAUCACCUUUAGAAACCUGUUGUGGCUGGAACCGAUAUUCCAUUAAAAACAUUUUAUUGUGAAGCUG